ACAAAGCCGGGGGCUGCGCCGGGGCGGGCCCGGUGCGCGGCCGCGGGGUCCAGGCCCCUCCUCCGCCGCCGCGCCGGGGAUGCUGCGGCCGGGCCGGCUCCGGGAGCCCCGCGGAGCCCCGCGCCGCGCCGAGGAGCCAGCGGCCACCCGAGGCUCGCCGCUCCCGGCCGCACGGCGGGCUCUGCUAUGAUCUGGCGGCGCCGGGAGCAGCAUGGGCAGCGUCAGCAGCCUCAUCUCCGGCCACAGCUUCCACAGCAAGCACUGCCGCGCCUCGCAGUACAAGCUGCGCAAGUCCUCGCACCUGAAAAAGCUCAACCGCUACUCGGACGGGCUGCUCCGCUUCGGCUUCUCGCAGGACUCCGGCCACAAGUCCGGCUCCAAGAGCAGCAAGAAUGAGGAUUUCUUUUACAUCAAGGUCAGCCAGAAGGCGCACGGCUCGCAGCGGGAGCUGGGUGUGCCCGCCGGGACCAGCGGGCUGGACUUCGGGACGCCCACGCCGCAGAAGCUGAUGCCCUUUCCCAGCCAGCUGGAAGUGCAGGGUGGGGACAAGCCGCUGCCUCGCCCCACGGCCUUCAAGCCGGUGCUGCCGCGCUCCGGGGCCAUCCUGCACUCGUCCCCCGAGAGCGGGGGGCCCCUGGGCCAGCAGCUGCACCCCCCGGAGAAGGGCAAGGAGCAGGAGCUGCGGCCGCUGCCGUGCUCGGGGGGCCUGUCCGACUCCGGCCGCAACUCCAUGUCCAGCCUGCCCACGCACAGCACCAGCAGCAGCUACCAGCUGGAGCCCCUGGUCACCCCCAUGGGCCCCAUCAGCCGCUUCGGGGGCUCUGCCCACAACAUCCUGCAGUGCGCCAUCAUCCAGGACAGCAACAUGAUGAGCCUCAAGGCCAUGUCCUUCUCCGACGGCGGCAACAAGAUCCUGAACCCCGGCAAGGCCCCCCAGCACCGCGCCGCCGCCGAGAAGAGCGUCUGCGUGCGCUCGCCCAUCGCCACGGAUGAAUCCACCAUCCAGGAGCUGGAGCAGAAGCUGCUGGAGAGGGAGGGCGAGCUGCAGGAGCUGCAGUCGAGCUUCGAGGAGAAGGAAAUCAGCUCCUGCCAGGCCUACGAGGAGAAGCAGCGGCGCUGCAAGGAGGAGCUGGAGGGGCUGAAGCAGAAGUGCAACAGCAAACUCAAGCAAACCUCGCAGAAGACGCAGCGGACGCAGCAGGUGCUGCACCUGCAGGUGUUCCAGCUGCAGCAGGAGAAGCAGCAGCUGCGGGAGGAGCUGGAGAAACUCAUGAAGGAGCAGAACCUGCUGGAGACCAAGCUGAGGUCCUACGAGAAGGAGAAGACCAGCUUUGCCCCGGCGCUGGAGGAGACGCAGUGGGAGGUGUGCCAGAAAUCUGGGGAGAUCUCGCUGCUGAAGCAGCAGCUGAAGGAGUCGCAGACCGAGCUCACCACCAAGACCACGGAGAUCCUGAGCCUGAAGGCGCAGCUGAAGGAGGUGAGGCUGAAGAUGGAGGGGCUGGAGAUGAAGAGCCAGGAGCUGGAGGCGUCGCUGCGCACCAAGGCCAUGGAGCUGGAGGUGUGCGAGAACGAGCUGCAGCGCAAGAAGAACGAGUCGGAGCUGCUGCGGGAGAAGGUGAACCUGCUGGAGCAGGAGAUCGUGGAGCUGCGCUCCGAGCUGGCCGCGCUCCGCCAGCAGCUCAGCGAGGCCCGCGAGGGGCCCCGGCCGGGCGGGGACGAUGCCCAGGCCCUGCAGGGGCAGCUGGAGAGGCUGCGGGCCGAGCUGAAGGCGGAACGCGACAACAACGAGCAGAUGAGCUGCAGCUUCCAGCACGAGCGGCAGACGUGGAAGGAGGAGAAGGAGAAGGUGAUCCACUACCAGAAGCAGCUGCAGCAGAGCUACCUGCACAUGUACAAGAGGAACCAGAGCCUGGAGAAGAUGCUGCAGCAGCUGGCGGCGGGCGAGGACGGCAAGGAGCCCAUCGAGCUGGAGAUCCCCGGCGCCGACGUGCCCUACGAGGACAUCAUCGCCACCGAGAUCUGAGCCGCUGUCCCCGCCCCGCAGCCGAGCCGAGCCGUGUCCCCCCUGUCCCUCCGUCGUGUUCCAGAGGUGACCAAGCCACUCGUGCCAAUGGUGACGUGCCCGCAGCUCCCCCGCCCCGGCACCGCCCCGGCACUGCCCCCUCUGCCCCCGGGCAGGGAUCAGGACUCCAGGGAAUUCUCUGCCAUCCGUGCCCAGCGCCCAGGGGAUGCUCUGCUCCAGGCUUGGGGAACCCGGCCUGGCCCCGUUCCGGGGGUGGCACAGCUCCAGGGAUGGCACAGAUCCGAGGAUGGCACAGCUCCAAGGAUGGCACAGCACAGUCCUGCCCGCUGAUGGUGACAGGAAUCAGCCCCAGUGUGUGCCCAGCUCCGGGGGUGGCACAGCUCCAAGGAUGGCACAGCUCCAAGGAUGGCACAGCACAGUCCUGCCCGCUGAUGAUGGCAGGAAUCUGCCCCAGUGUGUGCCCAGCUCCAGGGAUGGCACAGCACAGUCCUGCCUGCUGAUGAUGGCAGGAAUCAGCCCCAGUGUGUGCCCAACUCCAAGGAUGGCACAGCACACUCCUGCCUGCUGAUGAUGGCAGGAAUCUGCCCCAGUGUGUGCCCAGCUCUAAGGAUGGCACAGCACACUCCUGCCCACUGAUGGUGGCAGGAAUCAGCCCCAGUUUCCUGGAGGAAGCUCCCACUCCUCCUCACCCUCCGUCAGCGCCAAUCCCAGGGCGCUGUGGGAGCACAGAGCCACCUCCUGCCACUGCCACAUCCACCCCUGGCAGCCCCGAGGGCCUCAGGAAGGUCCCCAGCUGCUCACACCCCCCUGGUACAGCCCACCUCCAUGAAAUCACCCUGAAAUCACCCUGAAAUCACCCCGAAAUCACCCCGAAAUCACCCUGAGAUCCCCGUUCAGCCCGAGCACAGCCCCCCUGCACCGCACCCAGAGCCCUCCCUGUGCCCAGCAUUCCCAGCUCCCAUGGACAAGGACUCUGUCCCUUCUCCCGGCUGCCAGCCAGCAGCUGCAUCCAAGGAUUCCCAGCAAUGUCCCAGCCACGGUGUGACCAAGGAAGGGGGUUUGUGUUCACCCCUGCACUCGCUAGGGCUGUCCCUGGCUGCCUUAUCUCCUCCCGUGCCCUGAUCCCAGGGAUCCGGCCAAGGGGAGCUGUUAAACACCCCAAACCAACCACUUCCACCUUAAUUUCUACCCCAGCUCUUAAAAGUUCCUCCUGCCACCAGCGAGUGGCUCCACAGAUAAUGAGGUGGCGCUGCUGGUGACCCUCGUGUCCCCCUGGCUGGGGAGGGAACCAGCAGGACCCCGUUUGUGGGGUGGGGGCUCCAGGGGACCCCCCUGUGCCAGUGCAAUGAUAUUUUUGCUGCAAUUAUUUACCCACUGCCCCAUCCCAGGGCUCUUGGGGGGGGUUUCUUGCACAGUCCCAACACUGCCAAUUUGGCCAUGGGCUCUGAGCUGUGCAAAAUUCCGAGUCCCUCGUGCCACUCCAGCCUGGAAAUGUGACACACAGGAACCAACCAGUCUGUGCCUUCUGCGCCCGGCCCUGAGCACCCCAAACCACUGCCCCAGCUCUCCUGGCUGGGUCUGGCACUGCCCGGCCAGUCCUGGCACUGCCCGGCCAGUCCUGGCACUGCCCAGCUGGUCCUGGCACUGCCCAUCCAGUCCUGGCAGUGCCUGGACAGUCCUGGUACUGCCCAGCUGGGUCUGGCACUGCCCAUCCAGUCCUGGCACUGCCCAUCCAGUCCUGGCACUGCCUAGUCAGGUCUG